UUCAAGGAGAGGAGGAAUGAAAGAUUGCAAAUCGCCACUUGGCCCUAAAUAUUUAUGACGUUUAACGAAAACUGAGCGAGAGGCCUCACAUUUCGCGUCGAAAUUUUGUGAACCGUGGUAGAUUUCGCUGUGUUUUUUUGCACAGUCUCUGGAAGGCAGGACGAGAGGUAAAGAAAGGUGAAGAUAAGUGUCAAUCUGUUCAGACUUGUUUGGGAAUUUGAGAAAGGAGGGAGGAGGGGAGAAGGAAUAAGUACGUGAGGAAAGGUGGAGAGUUCUGGCGUAAGCAUUUAUUUUCAGAAGACAGUGCAAAUGAUAAGGAAAGGCAGAUUUAGUUAAACUUUAAAAAAAAAUGAUCUCACAGAAAACAGAAUGAUUUCAGUGUCGGAACGGAGAAAAAUGGGAUCCUGCCGUAUUGCGCAAUUUUAAGCAGUCUGUCUAUGCGGCAUUUGGAAUAAGGAAAGCGACAUCUAACAUAUCUAGCUGUGAGUCUAAAAAGAAUGUUGCCAUGGCAACCAAACGCUUCAGCUGGAUGUUCUUCAGUUCCUUACAACCCUCCAGUCAGAAUCCACCUGAGAGCCACCGUCAAUGCAGGGAUCGUAGUGGGCGAGAACCCAGCCCUCGAAGUGAGACUGAAGUGCGAGAGGACAGAGAGAGGGAGAGAGACAGAGAGGGGGACUGGAGCAGACAGCGAGAGAUGCAAAGAAUGAAGGAUAGAAAGAGGGAGAAAGAAAGAGAAAUUGGGCAAAGCUAUAGAGAGGAGAGGGAUUGCUUGAAAAUACCGCAACAAAGGGAGAAAAGGUAUGCGAAGUCAGAAAAAGAGCCAUUGAGGGAAGGGGCCUUAUCAGUAUGGAAAGAGAGGUGGCGUGAAGUGGGUACAACAAGCAGGGAAAGAGAAGACGGAAAAAGGACGAGAAAAGUUACUGCCAGAGAAGCAGAAGUAGGAAGGAGAUACGUUGAGCGACCAAGGGGAGCAGAAAGGGAAGACUUUGAAAGAGUCAAUGAAAGGGAUACUCUAAGAUACCAGAAAAGAGAUGAAUUAAAAGAUGCACAUAGAUACAGAGAGAAUGACAGACAGAGGGACUGGGAGAGAGAUGGGUUGAGGGAAGAAUAUAGAAGCAAUGGAAGGAGACUUAGAGAACGAGAGAGAGAUUGCGACCAACGGAGGGAAAGAGGGAGUGAAUUCAGCCCUAGGUACAGAAAAAGGGAUGAACGGGUGGAAAACGAGCAAAGGAGUGAAAGAGAGAGGGUCAGAGACAGGGAGAGAGAAAGAGUAAGACAGCUGGAAAGAGAGUCUGCGUAUAAUACAAACGAGGGAAAGAGACUCGUUGAAAGGGAAAGGGAACAUGUUUCAGACAGGGAAGGAUGGGAAAGGAAGCAAGAAGGGCAGAGGGACACGAAAAGUGAGGGGGAUAGUGAAGGAGAGACACAGAGAGAGAGGGUCUUUGAAAAGCAGAGUCUGAAAAAAAAACACAGCAGAAGCGAGGGGGACAAUGAGGUUGAGAUGAUAAGAGAGAGACUCAGAGAGAGUGACCGACUGAGAGAGAAUAAAGAGGAAAGAAAGGGGGACAGGUAUACGGAUAGGUACAGGCCAAAAGUUACUGAGGACAGAGCGAGGGAGAGAUACAGAGAGCGAGAGGAGGUAAGAGACAGUGAGAGAUACAGAGACAGACAUGAAAUGAGAGAAAGGGACCAGGAGACAUACAAAGAAAAACAUAGACGUAGGAAGGAGUGGAGAGAGCCAGAGACGGGGAGAGAAGGACCAAAUUCACAGGCAACAAGUGAGAGACUGAAACACAGAGAGGAAGCUGAUGUCAGGGAGCGAAAAAAACAUAAAGAGGAAAGAGAGAGAUGCCAACUUCGGGAAAGAUGCAGAGAAGAACGUCCAAAAAGUCCGAGGGGCAUAGAAACAGAAAACAAAGAGGAGAUAGGCACUGACAUCAGAGGUGGAGUCCAGAGUUACAAUCAUGUAUACAGUGAGCCAGAAGAAAGAGGAGGGAAACACAGGACUGGGGAGAAUGCCGAGGAGACAGAGAGCUCAGUACGGAGUGACGUAGAGAGGAAGAAGGGGAGGAGGGUAGAGAGCAGCAGGGGAAGGAAAGCAGAGGGGGAGAGGAAACAGCGGAGGGAGUGGACAGAAGAUAUAGAGAGUGAGAGGGUAGAGAGACUAAGACACAAGAGGAUGUGGAUAGAACCUUGGAAGACAGAGAGAAGGGAGGAAGCCUCAGAGGGGCAAGAGGAGACAUGCCCCGAAAGAGAAGGAGCUAUAGACCAACUGAGCGAUAGGUAUGCAGAAAAGGACUUAAAUGAAGGUCGUGCAACAGGGCUGAGACGAGAGGACAUAUUUAUGGAACGGGGGGAGAAUCGAGAAACAGGUCAAGGAGAAGGAGACACAGCAAGAGACAAAGACGAUGAGGAUGAAGAUGACAAAUGGCUGAACAGAGAAUUUUAUGAAGACCGAGACAUGGAGUCUGAGAACAGCGAGGAAAGCGAAAGAAGCUGGCAAGAAGAUGAAGACGGUUCUGUGGAGAGGGAUGAUGAGAUGGAUAGCACAGAUGAGAAUGAGAGUGAGGAGAAGGCAGGUGAUAAACUCAGGCCCUCCGAGAGUGAUACAGAAAGCACUAUGCAGGAAGAGGAAGAGGAAAGAAAGUUGUCCAUUGAGGACGGCUUUGUAACAGUCUCCAGCGGAGGUGAGGAAGAACAGGAAGAAAAGUUUGAUGACUGCAAAGAAUUUUGGGAGAGCGAGGGUCCCAAUGAAGAUGUGCAACCUGCUGAAGGCAAGAGUAUGGGACAGAUGGAGGCUGGUGGAGAGGAGGUGGGAUAUGAACAUCAUGAAGAGAAGGACUUAUGUGAGACAUACAGUGAGCAAGAGAGGAACAGGGAGAAUGACAGCCCCUCUGAGGGAGAACAAGAAUGCAUUGAAAGAAGAAAUUUGGAAGAGGGUGUAGAUGUGAAGACAGAUAUAGUGGAAGAAGAGACAGAGAGGGAAGUUGUGCUGGAUACAGAGGGAGAUGAGAACGAGAGACAAGAUCCAAAAGUCACUCUCUUCUGUGUGAUUGGACAGACACUGCCUAGGUCACGUACUCAGGGAGGUCCUCCGGAUCAAAAAGAGAUGGAAGAAAGCAGUGAGAAAGAAGAAGAAAGCGGCACCGAAAUAAAGGAAUCAAAUACAGAGCAAGAAGAGAAGGAGAAAGACAUGGGUGACUCACCUGUCUAUAACAUGGAGCACAGUGAUGAUAGCUCUGGAAUUCAUAUUUGCGAUAUUGCACCUAAAGAGACUGAUCAGUAUUCAGAAAAGGAUGGAAGUAAUACAUAUUCUGAAAACGCAGACACGGAAGCCAGAGGGAAUAUUACGACUGGAAAAAGUGAAACAGAAACUGAAAGUUUAUGUAAAAACCAACAUGAAGCAAUCAGGGAGACUGAGCCUUAUUUGGAAACAGCAUCCGAAGCUGGCAAAGAGAUUGAGCAUGAAGUCACGCUUACGGGAGACAGGAAGACACGCACAGAGUCGUAUUCAACAGAAGAUCGGAGUCAUGCAGGGCUGGAUGCGUUGACCAGAGUGGAAGAACAAUGUAAGGAAGAACCUUGCCCUGAACUAAAGCCUGCAGGGGAUGUUGGGACUGAAAUUGCAGGCUCCUCUGAGGAUCACGCUUUGGAGCAAAUGGAAUUACAGAAAAGCGGGGAACUGUAUUUGGAGGUGCAGCAACAGAUGGAUGCAUGGCCUACCCAAGACUCCUUUAACAGUAAUGCGAAAGAGUUGUCUCCCGCCGUAACGAACCAGGAAGUUCCAGAACCUGGGAUGCACACAGACGUGCUGACUGACACCAACAACGGUGACCAGGAGUCUCCAGAAGCCCAAGGAAAUACAGGGAGAGAUACCGACACAGUGGAAAGUGAAAGAGAGGAAAAGACGCAAGGGCUAUGUGAGAGACCAGCACACGUGGAGUCAUACCCAAACCCUUGCAUAAUUAUAGAGACAGAGGGGCAGACGGGUGCAGGUAGAGACCCGGAGACAACGGCAAGAGAAAGCGAUACAGGCGCGCAGGCUUACCAGGAUGAUUACCCUUUGACAAAAACACAGCUCUCCAAAUCUAACAGUUGCCCUAGCCCUGUCCACAGCCCCAGCAAGGACCAUGUUAAUGUCAGCCUUGAAGACAAGGAAGGGGGAAGGACGGUGACAGAGAGAGGAGCGACAGAAUGCACCAGCAGUUUUCGAGACCUGGGAAAGGAGGUACGGAGCAGGAGGAGGGGGUUCCGUAAGACGGAGAAGAGUGGAGAUGUGGAGGAAGGUGUAGGACGAGAUCGGAGGACUAGAAUUUUCAGCAUAUCAGAUGACGAUGACGAACUCAGUUACAGCUGGAGCGAAUCGGAGCUCAGAAAACUAACAGAGACCAUUCAAAGAUCGAAGAAGAGGAACUCAAAGUUUUACAACUCGCAGCUCUACCAACAGUACAGCGAGGUGGUUCAGAACCAGGAGAUUCUGCGCCAGUGUCGCUCCGACACGCUGUCCUCCGGCUCGCCACUCCCUUCGCCCCCACCAGCUCGUCGUCCUCUGCCACCCCUUCCUGCCAUCCCCCACCCUAACUCCUUGAUCCAUUCCAACUCCUUAAGCAACAUCAGCACCCUCUCAGCACCUGUCGGCUCCUCUUUGCGACCCCCUUCUCCGCGACUCUCAAUCUCCCUUUCCCAGUCCCCCACUCUCUGGCAGGAUCUUCCAGGGGUCAGGAACAGCAGAGAACUGAGUGAGCUGAAUGAAGACCAGAGACGUUUACAGGAGGUGAGGUUUGAAGUUGUGACUUCAGAAGCAUCCUACUGUAAAAGUUUAGACAUUGUGGUUGGCCACUUUCUCAAGUCAAAGCAGUUAGGAGCACUGCUGACAGCACAGGACAAGACGUGGCUCUUUUCCAGGCUUGUAGAUGUCCGAGCUGUUAGUCACAGUUUCCUGUUGAAGCUGGAGGAGCAGGUGGAGAAAGACAUAAUGCACUUCACCGUAUGUGACAUCAUCAUGCAUUACUGCCCUCGAUUCCGUUCGGUCUACGUGCCUUACUUGACCAAUCAAUCAUACCAGGACAAGACGUACCAAAGACUUAUGGCAGAGUGUCCAGGGUUCCGGCGUGUGGUGGAGAACCUGGAGCGCAAUCCAGUGUGCCAACGUCUACCUCUCCGCUCUUUCCUUGUCCUCCCUUUUCAGAGGAUCACACGGCUCAAACUUCUUGUGCAGAACAUUGUGAAGAGAACAGCCCCAAACACAAUGGAGGAUGCCCAGGCCAUCAAGGCCCUCAAAUUGCUGGAGAAGAUCAUUCAAGAAAGCAAUGACAGCAUCACCCAGAUGAAAAGCAUCGAGUCUUUGGUCUCACUGAGUUCCAAAGUGGACUUUGAGUGCAGGACGCUUCCUCUCAUCAGCCAGUCCCGCAGGCUCGUGCGAGAAGGCGCCGUGGCAGAAAUGCGUGACUUUGCUCUAAAGGAGACAGAGAGGAACAUCUAUAUGCACCUUUUUAAUGACUACCUGCUGCUUUCUCUCCAGAAAGAAGGCGGCAGGUUCACCGUGAUCAACUACGCCCCAACGACAGACAUCCGGGUCGAGAACUGCCGCGUCAAACUGCACUCGCUGCAGAAGAACCUGUUCCGCCUCCACCUGUCACCACAGCGGGCCCUGCUGCUCUGCACAGAGUCACAGAGUGAUAAACUGCGGUGGAUAUCAGGUCUGUCCCGUCCUCAUCCUGAGGUAGACUACUCAGCGGCUCAGGAUGUUGCUCAGGUUCAGUGCAUCAAAGCAUUUGUUGCCCAGCAACCAGAUGAAAUAACGCUGGAGAAAGCUGAUGUCCUACUGGUGCACCAGCAGAGUAGUGAUGGCUGGGUUGAGGGAACAAGAUUGUCGGACAGGCUAAGAGGCUGGGCCCCGGAUUCACAUUUGGAGACUAUUGUCAGCGAAAGAGCAAGAAAGCGCAACCUGCUGGACACCCAGAAAAUUACAAAUGCUGCUGCAACUUAUUAAGAAAGGUUUACCGCUGCAGUGUUUUGCGUCCGAAGGCAAGGCCGCCAUCAGGCCAUUGGAACCUGUUCGAACCAGUGGGACCCUCUUCCCGUUGGGGGUUCCGCACAGUGCUGGUCGAGGACAUGGACGCACCAAAGGCAAUUUUUUGUUCUCUAUGCUUUCGAAAGCAUUUGAACAAUCUGGAAUUCCUUGCUUUGAAUGACAGAGCUAUUUUUUUUUGCUCUAUAAAUACUUUUAACAAUACCAGUCUCAGUGGCAUCAGGGGAUCGGAGCUUUUCCAAGUUAAAAUUGAUCAAAUCCUACCUAAGGUUAAACGUGAUCUGAGAUAGACUCAAUAGCCUUGCAAUAUUAUCCAUAGAAUGGGUUCCGGAUGAAACAAAAAACUUAGACUUUGGCAAAAUUUUAAAAAAAGUUUGCAGGACAGAAAGCAAGGAUUUCUCUACAGCUAUAAUUUUGUUGAUUAACAUGUUUGUGUCAAAUAUAAGCUAAUAAUAUUAUAUUGUUUUGUUUUUAAAACAGCGUAAUAGCAUAUAUUCCUGGUACCUAAUUUGAUUUAAUCUUAUGUCCAAGAGACCCAACCAAGAUAGUCUAAACUGGGCCCUGUAAUUACAAACGCCAGGCUAAAUACUAAAAAAAAAAUACAUCCAGUUAAAUAAUUCCGUUUAAGACAAACUGGAUGAAAAAAAUCACUACAUGUUAUAUUUUGACUUUCUGGAGUGUACUAUUUAAAACAGACACUCUAGUAUCAUUAGACAUUAAAAUAUACUGACAGGUAGAGGGAAAAUGUGCUAUUUUGAAAUUAAAUGUGUUUGCAGACUGAGAUACAUAACAUCGUGAUUAAAUAAUACAGAUAUUGCCAAAACUAAAGGUUUUAUGGUUCAGCAGGAAUUUAUUAUUGGUGGAUUUUCUUAGUUAUCAUUUUUAAGAAUGAUAUAAACAGAGUAGUUGAUGGGAUAUUGAGAGAAACGUGUAACUGACAAAGAAAGGCUCUGUGGAAACACAAAGCAUGCGACUGUCAAAAGGAUUAGUUUUAGUCCUUUUCCUUGUGGACCUUGCUCUCCAAUUCCCCAUCUGCAGUUAUCAUAUGUAGUCCUGUUUGGAUGUCAAAUCAUGUAUGUAUGUACAUAUCAUUGCUGGGCAAGUAAUGAAAUUAUUAUGUUAAUAUACCAGUUGAGGUCGUGGUGGCGGUGGUUUGGGAAAUGAAGAGGCUUGGGUUUGGCUUCUUUCGUGUCUGAACAAAGUGUCAAACCUGGGGACUCUUAUUAGAUGUACAUAGGGGUCAACAGUGACAGUUCUUUGUCUUUAAACAUUCAUUUCAGCCAGUUUGAAUACAUUCUUCAUGUGAAAUAAAACAUGGUUUUAGUCUUUGUUUUGUUUCCAUCAAUCUCAAUAAAGUGCAUUCGAAUUAAGUGCAAACUUCAAGGAAAGGCUACUGGCAUCAUUUUCACUGUACAUCCAUCCAUCCCUCAGAAAACGGGGUCCAACACACGUAAUUCACAUUUUUCCCAUAAUGCAACUAGUAUUACAAUAAACGAGUUUCCCGCUGAAACUUGCGGUAACGCGGCUCGAUACAUUAUUUACCGUGAGAAAUAACAUUACUUUUUGUCAAAAUU